UUCUGUGGGUUAUGGACCUCCCCAAUCGCCCUUUGCCCCAUUGUAUUUGCCCCUAUCCAGAUAGUUCAACUCUUCUCGGCUGAUCUUCUACGCGACCAGAUCCGAUGGAAGGACACUUUAGCCGAGUUGCGUUUCGCUCUGGCCGACCUCAGCUCGCGUUAUGGCUACCCGGCCAGCCACAUGGCUCCCUGGCGAGCUCAUUUAGACCGUCAGCUUUACAAAGCGUUGGAGGCACAGUUUCGUCUAGGCUUGGAGAGCCUGUCUGAGCAGAUGUCGGAGCUGCAGGUGGUCGCUGUGUACCAACAGGGCCGGCUGGGCUUCCGUCCGCCUCUAGAGGAGGUAAGUCGGCGCUUUUGUAUGGGCCAAUGGUUUAUUUUCUUGCUGGACAUCAUCAUUAACUCUAUGCUACCACACUAA